AAAGACGGACGGGGUUAGGAGGCUGACAUUUUGGGGCAAGGAAGGUUGCAGGGGGCACUCGGACUGCUCUUUGAGAGAAGAGAGGGUUGAAGAUUGAAUUUCGGCCCAACAGCAUUCCCCAGGAGCGUGGCAGAGAGAGCGAGCACAAGAGAGCAAGGGAAGAAAGUGAGUGACCUACAAACAAGCCUAACUAUGUUAACACCACCAGAUUAACACUGCAGCAGCUCCCGGAGGAGCCCCUGCUGCUUCCCCUCGCAAACGUGACCCAUGACGGUGGGACAAUAUGGAGGAGGAGGGCAACGAGCCGGAGGAGGAGUCGUGGUUUGUACAUCAUAAUGAGAUGACUGCUAAACUGUCAGAAAGAGGGAAGAGGUGGAGGUACAGCAGGAGAGCCAUGGUCACUCUGUGGAGCUGUGAUUAGCUGGGAUCAUCAGCUCUGACCCGGCGGACAGGGGAGAGUGUGCUUUCUUUUCUGUGCCCUGGACAUGGUGACUAACAGAGCAAAGGGAGAGGAAAACUAAGACGAGAUACACAAAGAGAUCAAAUUAGGACAACUUUUAGAUGGAUAAUCCAGACAGCGAAGGAGGAACAGAGGGAGGAGGAGACACAGAGAAACUGCAAGCAAAGGAGGUUGGAGACGAAGACAAGCGAAUCAAAGACAAGCAUAACAAGAGGGAGCAGGAGAGCAGUGAGAGCCAGCCGAGCCGCCGCUGUCAGUGGAGGAGCGGCUGGGCUCUGACCGAACGCCUGGCCAUCAAUGUGUCAGGGAUGCGUUACGAGACCCAGCUCCGCACCCUGGCCCAGUUCCCCGACUCCCUGCUGGGUGACCCCCAACGUCGACUACGCUACUUCAACCCCCUGAGCAAUGAGCUCUUCCUGGACAGGAGCCGCGUCUGCUUCGAUGCCAUCCUGUACUUCUACCAGUCAGGCGGGAGGCUGCGGAGGCCUGCCAACGUCCCCCUGGACGUGUUCAUGGAGGAGCUGCGCUUCUACGAGCUCGGCGAGGAGAUCAUCGACCGCUUCAGGGAGGACGAAGGCUUCCCCAAGGAGGAGGAGAGGCCGUUACCCACCAAUGACAUGCAGCGGUGCCUCUGGAUGCUGUUUGAGUAUCCGGAGUCCUCGAGUGGAGCUCGCAUCAUCGCCAUCAUCAGUGUCAUGGUGAUUGUCAUCUCCAUUCUCAUCUUCUGCCUGGAGACGCUGCCCGAGUUCAGGAAUGAGAAGGAGCAGAGGGAGCAAUUCACCCUCGUACCUCACCCCACCAUAGAGAACGAAACCAUCUUGGUCCCACCUGUCUUCGAUCCCUUCCAAGACCCUUUCUUCAUCGUGGAGACGAUUUGCAUCAUCUGGUUCUCAUUCGAACUCACUGUGCGCUUAAUCUGCGCUCCGAGCAAGAUGACCUUCUUCAAAGACGUCAUGAACACCAUCGACUUCUUCGCCAUCAUUCCUUAUUUCGUCACCAUUGGCACCGAGCUGGCCAAGGACAAAGGCGCGCAGCCCUCCGUGUCUCUGGCCCUCAUCCGGGUCAUCAGGCUGGUCAGGGUCUUCAGGAUCUUCAAGCUCUCUCGUCACUCGAAGGGCCUCCAGAUCCUGGGUCAGACACUGAAGGCCAGCCUCAGGGAGCUCGCCCUGCUCAUCUUCUUCCUCUUCAUAGGCGUCAUCAUCUUUUCCAGCGCUGUCUACUUUGCUGAGGUGGACAGGCCUGACACGGCGUUCACCAGCAUCCCUGAGGCUUUCUGGUGGGCGGUGGUGUCCAUGACAACAGUUGGCUACGGGGACAUGUUCCCGGAGACGGUUGGGGGAAAGCUGGUGGGUUCCAUGUGCGCCAUUGCCGGCGUGCUUACCAUCUCGUUGCCAGUGCCCGUCAUCGUGUCCAACUUCAGCUACUUUUACCACAGAGAGACAGAGUGUGAGGUAACCUCACAGUACCAUCAUGUGUCCACAUUGCUGUGGGAAAAGGACAAAGAGGACGAUGAUGAGGAGGGAGAUGAGGGCGGAUUGGAUGAGGAGCCUGAAUUCACAGGAGAUGACGCACCUCUGUAUGGGCCGGGCACUAGGGGCAUCUGCCAUCCGCUCAAUGGGACUCUUGUGACAGGUCUUUGGGCUGGACAAGCGACUGGCGAUCAGAGAGGAAUAAACUUCUAUCUUCAUGAACCUCUGGUCACUCAGGUCUGACACAGAGCAGACGGACUGACUGACUUUUCAGUCAUUCAAAGAUGGAACUUCCAUAAAGACUUGUUCUGACACAAUCUCCAGUUUCUGCCUCUCAUGUGAUCAUGGUUUGUAUAGUUGAUACUUUUGCAUGAUUAUAUUACAACUCAACUCUUUUGUAAUUCGGUUCUAGUUAAAUGAAAACCUUGAUUUAAAGCCAAGUAAAUAUUCAGCCAUUAUACAUUUAUCAUUGGAAACAAUAUUCUAUAGAUAUAUGUUUUUAUGCUUGCUUGUUGAGAAACUCAAUAAUCUUCUAUGGUAAGUACCCCUGCUAUGCAUUGAUAGAAAACAACAUUUAUUGUUAUUUUAAUUAUUUAUUUAAUAAAUGUUUUAAGUCAGAGAGCGUGAUGUCAAAUUGUUCUUGACUAUAAUGUAGCUGGAGUAGACUCGUAUGAGGAAGAAGACAUAAUGGCAGACUUCUUCAGAUUUCAGUUCCAUUGGUUUCUUCUUCCCCAUCUCUGUAAAAGUGAUGUCUGCUCUGACACGGAUAACAAAACAAUAUCUGAGUUUAUGUUUGCAGAUAUAAAAACGUUUACUUUCCAGAAUAAACACUGAUGAAAAGGUGUGCAUUUAUGUUUACAUUUGACAUGAAUAACUUGUAUUUUCUUCAUUAUGCUCAUUUUGCUAUUUGCAAUAAAGUUUGUG